AUGCCCCACUAUUCCAUUGCCCUACUUCCAAUCGCAGUCCUCAUCACGAGAGCCACAAACAUGCCGGCGGUCCGAAGCGCUGAAGUCUGCUACUCAGGCGAGAAGUCCACCCUGCUGUGUUAUACAGUCGAGAACGGCGCUACGCCGCAGAAAGUCAAGGUAGCCGACGUUCAGGGGGUGGCCGACUACCUGCGUUCUUACGGGCGCGAGGUCACAGGCGGUCGGUUCUUCACCAUGACCGCGGCCGACACACCCGACUGCGCCGAGUGGUCGCUUUUCAGCAACGGGUCGACCCUUGCGGUUGCAAAACAUCUCAACGAGAAGAUCGACUCGUCUGUCCUGUUCGAGGACAUUGCCACCACCAUCGACGGUGGGGGCAAAAGCAAGCAAGGCAUAAUAACCUGCCUCGACAAAGGCGGCUCCCUGGGCGUUUUGGCUAACACCUCGAAUCCGGCGUACAAUUCACUGGAUUACCUAGCAUCGGGUGCCGAGCCGGAUGGGAUCUUGAUCAAGAUUGUGAGUUCCGGGAAUUGA